UGAAAAGAUCAAGCGUAUCCGCCGGUCUCAUGUCGUUUUCGGAAUCGUCUUUGGUUGUCCCCAUGCUUUUGUGUAUUUUGUAACGCUAGAAAGACAUUCUCAAAUGUUACACUUUAAUUACGUGUAAGCAAUUAUUUCAGUUUAGACCAGAGCUGCUGAACCAGCUUUUCAACCAGCCAUGAACAGACACUGGAGGACAUUUUCACACUGUAUCUUUAAAACUCAAACACAUCAUAUACUCUCAUCACCAUUUAGGAGCUUUUUGCCAUGGUUGCCAUUCCCAUCCACUGCACCCUCACGUACUAAUUCAAGUAGCAUUAAGAUGCGCUCAUACUUACAGUUCAUGAAAAGGAAAAUCAAAGGUGCACCAGCUCCUCCAUACAAUCACGUGUGCCAGGUUGGAGAUCCAGUGUUGCGUUCACAGGCUGCAAUUGUUGAACCUGAAGCUAUUCAGGGACCAGAAGUUCAGAAGAUCAUAAAGACCCUGGUUAAAGUCAUGAGAAAACUUGAGUGUGUUGGUUUAAGUGCACCCCAGAUUGGUGUUCCUUUGCGAAUAUUAGCCCUGGAGUAUCCAAAGAAAAUGCUGGAGGACAGUUCACAAGCUUCUAUUGAAGCUCGGGGUCUGGUGGCAUUCCCACUAAAGAUUUUUGUGAACCCACAAUUGCGUGUAUUGGAUGGACGCACUGUUGUGUUCCAGGAGGCUUGUGAGAGCAUCUGUGGGUACUCGGCAUCAGUUCCACGCUAUGUAUCUGUAGAGGUCACAGGUCUCAAUGAGAAAGCAGAGCCUGUCACCUGGCAAGCAAGUGGAUGGCCAGCCAGGAUACUACAACAUGAAAUGGAUCAUCUCAAUGGAGUGCUAUAUAUUGAUCACAUGGACUGUAAAACAUUUAUAAAUGUCAACUGGGAAGAGUUUAAUGAAUAAAUCUUUCCAAACCUU